AUGGCUUCCUAUCUCUUCUUUUUGGCUGUUUUAUGCCUACCAUUUAUUGUUAAAGGUCAAGAAAGAGCUCCACAUGGCCUUGUUUAUGAAAGUCCUAUUGCAUUCUCACCAGAUGCAUACUCAUUUUUCCACCCUGAGACUCGACAAAAGAAAAACAGUACUACUGAAAGUUUAUGUGAUAAUAAUACAUCAGAAUCAGGUUGUUCAGAAUUACCUACAGCUUCAAGUGUUCAGUCUAAUUUAGCACAUGAAAGCUUAUCACCACCCGAGGAUGGCGAAAGGCGAAUAGGAGCUGGUGGGGUUGUUGGAAUCCUUCUUGGAUUUGUGUUUGCUACUAUUGUUUUAGCUUUUGGGGUUUAUUAUGUUGUGAUUACACGAAAACGCAACUCGAGCAAAGCUAAUCCUGUUCAGCUUAAUGUCUGA